GUCAAGUUGUUAGACUGGUUUUGCGAUUGCGAUUUGCCGUGAACAAAAGCUUACGCUAGUUUUUAAAUUAAUAUCCUACAUUCGUAUGUUAUUAUAAUUGUCAAAUUGUAAACAAUUAUUGUUUUCUACGUGAUUCAAUAAAGAUAACAAUAAAAUCAAGUGCCUUGUACAAGGUCCCACGAGUUUACAAUUUACGAUGCCGGUUGUGUGAACAAAAGCAACCAUAACCUCAAAAAAAAAAAAAAUUUGCGGACGUCUAUCGUCUUUUUUUUUCUUUCUCGCAAUUGCACUUUUAUUCUGGUACAAUUAUUUGUGAUACAUCUUGAAAAUAGACAAACAAAUAAGUGAUAAUUAUGCAGUGGCAAAAAUUUUUUGAGGCAGUCAACAAUAAAUUGAGAAAUUCUCGUAUGCCUUAUGAUAUAAAGGCAAAGAAAAAAUGCGAAAACGAAGUCAUGUUAUGCCUUUUGGCAGAUCCGGAUGUAAGGAGGCUUAUGUCCUUAUGGCUAAAUGAACAGCACAAAACUAAAGAGGGUAAAUCUUUAGAAAAAACUAAACAACUACGUGAACUUGGAAACAAAGAAUUUCAAGCUAAAAAUUAUUCAGCGAGUAUUCAUCUUUAUACAAAAAGUUUACAAUAUGCGCCAAUGGGAAGUGAAGAUUUGGCCCUUGCAGUUGCUAAUAGAUCAGCUUCUCUAUUCUAUUUGGAAAAAUUCGAAGAUUGUAUUAAAGAUAUAGAUUUAGCUGUAAUGUGGGAAUAUCCAGAAAAUUUGCGUUACAAAUUACAUUUGCGAGCUGCUCAAUGUUUCUGGAAAUUGAGAAAAAGAAAAUCCAUGGAAGAAUCUUUAAUGCGAGUUCAGGAUAUUGUUAAUAAUUGCGAAGAAAUUCCUGAAAUUAAAAAAACAAGUAUUAAGCAACAAGUCACGAGUUUAAUGGCAACAGCUUCAAGUAUGGAAUACGACGAUGAAAACGAGGCUUCUGAUUCAAUGUCAGGCAAUAAACCAGAGCCAGCAUUUGGAGUCAAUUCAAAUUUCCCCUAUGCAUCUGCGGCAUUGGAGAAAAAAUGUGCACCCGACAAGGGACGUUAUGUUGUGGCGAAUCGUGACAUACACAAGGGACAAAUUCUCUUUGUCGAAAAACCGUUUGCUUUCGUUUUACUCGAUCAUGAACAAUCGUCAUCGCUUUGCGCUCAUUGCUGCCGACCACAGGGCGAUGUACCAUUUCCAUGCAAAAUGUGCGUGGAGGCAAUGUACUGUGAUGUUAAAUGUCAAGAUGAUGCAUGGACAACUUAUCAUCAAUGGGAAUGUCCAGGAAGUCGAAUGGGAGUUUGGCAACAAAUUGGAAUCGCGCACUUGGCAAUGAAAUUGCUUUUGAAUUGCGCAACAACUCAAGAUGUUGAUAAGUUUAAUCAAGUUCAGAGUUUAGUUACAAACAUCGAUAAAUUGAUGCCGGAAGAUCUGAUCGUCUAUGGCAUUACAGCAACAAUGUUGACGUUGUAUCUUUACAAGUACACGGAUUUCUUUAAAGUCGUCGAUAUUAAUGAGAGCUUUGUUCGUAAAUUUGCCGACAGCAGUUUAAGUUUUGAAUGCGAUCUUACGAUUGAAGAUGGCAAAAGACUUUACAUAAGUUCUCUUCUUUUGAGGCACAUGUUACAGUUGAUAUGCAAUGGACAUGCAAUCACAAGACUGAAUUUAACUGCCUCCGAUAAGGACAAAGUUUCAACCGAGCAUCAAGAUCGUGUUGCUACUGGAAUUUAUCUCUCUGCCAGCAUGAUGAAUCACGCCUGUGAUCCUAAUAUAAUUAAUAGCUUUUGGGAUCAACAUCUUAUUGUGAAAGCAACAAAAGAUAUUGGAGUUGGCGAGGAAGUUUUAAAUUGUUAUGGACCACAUUUUCGUCGAAUGUCCAAAGACGAUAGACAGGAAACUUUAAAAAAUCAAUAUUGUUUCAUUUGCAAAUGUGAGGCAUGCACCAAUCCAGAAUUACGUUACUUUUUGGAGAGAUUCAGCGCUUUAAAGUGUCCGGAGUGUACCGGGGCUUUGCAUAAUCUUCACAGUUAUUCAUUGCAUUGCCUCGAUUGUGGAGCAACUCCAAUUGUUACUUAUGGCGCCGAUUUGAAGGAGGCUCAGGAUCUUUACGACGCUGCUCAAGGUUGCAUUGAUCACGAAAAAAUCGACGAGGCUCUCUAUAAAUUAAAACAAUGCUUAUGUAUCCGACGAAAUGUUCUCUAUAAACAUCACGAGGAUAUUGCCGUGACACUCGAUUUAAUUGGAAAAGUCUAUGCAAUUAUGGGUCGAUGGCUUGAUUCCAUAUCGUAUCUGGAGCACAGUAUAGCUGCAGUUGAGGAGAGAUUUGGCCCCGACAGCGUAGAACUUGCCAACGAGUUGAACAAAAUUACGGACAUCUGUAUUCAGUACUUACGCGAAGAGACGAACACAAGCACCAAACAAUACAAAAACACUCUGAAGAAGACUCGCAGAUUCCUUGAUCGUGCAGAGCAAAUAAUGAACUUAAAUUACGGCCCGUGGAACGAUAGUUGCCGUGAAAUAAUGGAGAAAAAGGAAAAGCUCUCAGUACUGCUGAAGGAUUUCAACGUUUGAUUUGUUUGAAUCUCACAGGGUACGCAUAAUGAGCAUUUUGACAGUAAAGAAAAGAGGAUCCCGCGAGUUUAAUCAAUUUAUUAAAAAAAUAAAAAUGUGACGGGAGCACUCUUUGUUUUUAUAAGAAUCAUAUAUGUCCGUUAAAUAGGUCGUCACUUUCGAACGGAAGGUUAGACAGUGUUACUCUUAUAUUUGUAGUAAAACGUUUCAGAACUUGUCUGAUUUGUUAGCAACUCUAUCUCUUUCGAUUGCUCGCUUUUCUCUCCCUCCCCCCUUUUCAAAAAAAAAAAAAAAAUUUAAUUCUUUGUAUUUAAAAAAAAAAGUGAAUUUUGAAAUUUUUCUCUUCUUUUCCAAAUGCAUCAUAUUUUCUUUCUUUUUUUUAAAAAAAGGGCCUAAAUUUCACGUCGCAGAGCGAAUUAAUUUUUAGGUAUUUUGUGAUUUUUUUUUAAGGAAAAUAAAUUUUCUUUAUAUUUGCGUCGUAUGUUCGGAAGUGUGUUUAAGGUAUUUUAGAAAAUAAAAGGGAGAUUGGAUUCCCGUGAUAAUAAAUGAAGAGUAAAAAACAAAAAAAAAGUACUGAUCUUUUGAGAUAUUUUACACAUCUGGAAUUUAAUAAAGAUUGUGUAUAGAGUUACAAGGCUGUCGAAAAUAUUAAUAUUAAUAUUAAAAAUGUAGUAUUUACACUUUUAUCUAUAUGAAAAAAAAAAAUAAUUUGUACAUUUUGGCAGAAACACAUGCCUAAGGCUAUUUAAUUAUUAUUAUUAUUAUCAACGAUGCAUCAAAUCACACAUUUUUCAUCGACUAAUAACUUAUUUAUAUCAGAUUUCUGUAUUUCAUGCAUAUUUUACACCUUGUAUUUAAGAUGGAGUAAUGGCGUUAUUAAAAUAAAUUAUUGUAUCACGCAAAAAAAAGGCAACUCGUAUUUAUAAUAAAUCUUCUUUUUUUUUUUUUUGCCGAUGAAAAAGUAAAGUGGAACAUUGGCGCUUCUCGAAGUAAUAGAAAGAAAAUAUACGUUCUCCGAAAUUCCACACGGUAGACUUUAUUUGAAAACGUUUUUCUUUUCGUUUCGUUUAUUCGAUGGGUUUAUUUUUAUUUUCGUUGUCGUCGAAUGAAAGGCGCGAGAAAAAUACCAACGAUAAAGGAUUCACGAUAUUGGCAAUAUUCAAGUCUUCGAAGGCGAGAUGAUAUUGCGUGGCGACAAACUUCCUCAAAACCAAUUCCAUGCGAAACGCUUGCUCUUUUAUCGGCACAUGCAAGCGAGGAGCUUGCGCUUCUUAACCACGCGUUUCACGUAUAUAUACAAAUAGAAUGCAGAAAAUUACA